CGCAGCCUCAAGCACAACCGCGACGCCAGGUCUGUCAAGACUCAUUGGACGUCCUCUCAGAGUCUGCAGCAAGUCACCAACACCUCUGUCCAUCCCGGUACCAAUUCAACACUGGCGGCUAUCCACGCGUUGUUUAUACAGCGAUCAUGACCAACAUUACCGACGGGAUUUCGGCCGAGGCCAAGGCCAAUAUGCUUGCGAACCUGCAAAUCGAAAUCGACUCGCGCAUAGAGAAGCUGCGCGCCCAGUGCGAUGCACAAUGUGCGAGCAUGCAGUCGCGCCUCGAGCGACGCGUCAACCGCAUCCCGGUCGUGACGCGCCAAACUAUACUUGCGGACCUCCUCAAGGCAGCAGCGCCAAUUCAACCGGUGGCCGCUCCUGCUCCACCAGCAAAGGCGACUGCGACUGCGGCUACUGCUCCUGCUGCCACGACUACAAAGAAAGCAGUCAACACUGGCACUGGCACCUUUGGACGCAAACCCCGCAAAGCCGCAACCAGCAAUGUCAGCACAUCUUCGACAAGACCCGCAUCGUCCCAAGAAGAGCGCGCCAAGCCCACGACCAAAACCACAAAGCCUACUCCAGCAUAUGCCAAGGCGACCAAGACGACACGGUCGAAGAAGCGCAGCAGUGAUGAAAUGUCUGGCGAGGACAAGGAGAACUCGGAACAACUGCCUGUACCCAAGAAGCGCACGAGGACUGUGGGUCAGAAACCAGCAGCGGCGCCUGCCCCCGCCGCGCGCUCGACGCGUGCUGCAUCUCGGACCAAGCCUGGUGCUGGACAGGUACUCUCACCCAAGACCAAUGCUGCCAAUGCGCGCAAGCCAGCUGCGCGUAACGCCCGGCCGCGGUAGCGCCCUUAAACGGACAUGAUUACCCAGCAUUGUUUAAUUGGCGUUUGAUACCCCCCCCCCUCGUUUUGUUGCAUCUGGGUGGAGUUUGAGGUGGUCUCUCUCUCUCUUUUUUUUGUUUUGAUCUGGUGGGCUAUCAGUUGAGUUGACCCGUGGCUUGAAUGACAGAGUGCCAUUGAGUUCCAGCCGCCCGAAAAGGGAAGGCUCUCGUGGGAUUUCC